UGACUCGCACGGGCGGCUCCUCAGCGUCGAAAAACACACUCGAAUCGAGACAAUGUUACACCUGAGAUUUGUCUUUAUGGCCGCUUUUCCGCUGGUUUUGAUGCUUCUACUUCAGUUUAGUCCACCUGCAGAUGGCUUUAUCAUUCGACUGAUUACGGAGACACUGCAGAAUAACGUGGCUGGUGAGCCGGUUCUUCACGAGCGAACUUCUUGGGACUUUGAUCCGGAGGCGGCCAAAAGGGCCAGGUCGCUGUACUACGAGAAGAACGGAUUCCGCUCGUCCAAGUUCAUCGAGCGACUGGGCGUUGGUCUGGAUGGGCGACACGAGGAGCGGCGGGCGGAGCAAGGACAUCGCGAUGUGGGACGACUGAAUGGGGAACACAAUGUGAACUAUCCGCCUCCACCGGCUUAGCCAUAAAUAAUUAUGAUUUAAAUUUAACUCUCA